AUGAAAGAACAGCUACAAAAUUACUCAAAAGAUAUGUCAAUAGCAAUUGUAAUACAAGAUGAACGCCGCAAAGCGGAAAUUACUCGAAUUCGUGAACGUUAUCAGAGAAAAAUGACAAAGAGGAAACAUGAUGCUGAAUUACUAUUUAGUCUCAGGAAAGAAUCUGAAAGAAUGGAACUUGAUGAACGAUUAAAUAAGAAAAUGGAAUGGAAGAAAAGUGUUGAGAAAUAUUUAGCAGAGAAAAAAUUGAGUGUUUCUGGAGCUACAUCAACCUUACAAAAUCCCUCAAUCAUAAUACCACCAACUGAAAGGCUUAGAAAUACGGUUUUUGUAGAAUCUCCGGUUGAAAUUCAAACAUCUAAUAAGAACCUUGAAUUAGAUAAUAUUUAUCCAAUGACUCAGAAAGAAACUUCUGAAGAAAUUGAUCAGGCUUGUAACACUUUAAAUAUUGAAAAUAUAUUCAGUAUACAUCGAACAGAUGAUGUUGACUUUGCACUAUCUUAUUCAAUAAACGAUAAUCCAACAACGGCAUUAAUUGAACGCCUUUUGCAAGUACAAUCAUCAAAUUCUUAUGCACACAACGAAUAUAUUCUUCCUCUGAAAGCUGUUACAGAGUUAGUUGUUCGACAAACUUUACUUUGUCAUUGUCGUUUGAUUAAUGCUUCAAUUCUAUCGAUUUUUUUUCAUGAUCUUGACCUUCGUGCUCAUUUAAGUGUCUUGCGAGACUUUAUGCUUAUGGGAAAUGGAACUUUUGUUUCUGGAUUGGUGGAUGCACUAUUCAAUGACAACGUUGAUCAUGGAGUAGGUAUAUUUUCAGCCAAUAAUAACCUUGGGAUGGGUAUAGGACUUGGUAUUCGAUUGAAUAGCCGCCAGACUUGGCCCCCUGUUGGAAUCGAAUGGAGAAUGGCUUUAAAGGCUGUUAUUGUAGAAACUAUUCUUUUGGAAAAAAAGAAUUUGGAAAAUGGAGACUCUAAUGAGACUAUAGAUGCAUGGGGUAAAGUUAAUGACUUGGAUAAUAUGCUUAUGUUUGGUAUCCAUAAUUAUGAAGAAUCCGAAGUUUGUAGUGAUCCAAACGCUUUGGAAGCACUGGAUUUUCUUUACCUUGAUUACAAACCUCCUUAUCCGAUUAAUGUCAUUCUAUCGCCGAACUCGUUAACAAAAUAUAAUCGAUUGUUUACGUUUCUUUUGCGAGUGUUGCGUAUGGGAACAGUGAUACGACAUGUUUAUAGGCUUGCUUAUGAACGUUAUUUGUAUGAUGAUGAUGACGAGGCUGCUGAACAUAGUCUACUUGUUCAAAAAUUUCGAUUUGAAGCUCAGCAGUUUAUUGUUGCAUUACAUGGGUAUGUAUUUGAUGUCGCAAUAUCAUCUACAUGGACAUUAUUUAUGAAAAGGUUAAAUAAAAUCGCGAAAGAAUCUGAAUUUGAACUACCUCGUGAGCAUCUUUGGGGACGUGGAAGUACUAGUGAUACGGGCGUAAAAGACCUCGAAUCAUUACGUGCAUAUCAUGAUCAUGUAUUAGAUCGUAUGCUAUUUCAAUGUUUACUAAAAAAGAAACAAGAAGCGAUUAUGAAGGUUCUAAAUGGAAUUUUUACAGUGAUAUUAACCUUUGCUAAUAAAUUGCAACGAAAAAGAUCGCGAAUAAUUGAUUUGCAAAAAAGACAAGAAUACUGGAAUUCAAUUAAAGAUUUAUAUGGAAAGUUUAGAUUAUAUACAGCAAUGCUUGUAAAAAUAUUAAUGGCUUUAGAUGAGAAAGGUGGUGGAAGAAUAGGAAUGGGAAUGAAACGUAUUGUUAUUAAUCCUGAAGGUGAAAGUUUAAGAACUAGUUUUACAAGUCAUGAUGGUGGAAGAUCUUAUCAUGAUAAAGUUGAUAAUCAAUCCGGUGGUGGAUUUUUACAAGAAUUUCUAUUAAGAGUAGAUUUUAAUGGUUUUUACGCUAAAAUUAUAGAAAAAGAGCUGUCAAAAAAGUAG